UUGAAGGGGGUGUUUGCACGGGCGAUUGCGUGGCUCUAGCCGAAGACAUUCCUGGCUCAUUCAGCGGUAUUAUCGACGCAGCGCAUGAGCUUGGGCACAGCUUAGGAGCUUCGCAUGACGGAACGGAACCAAACCGAUAUAUUCGAGGUCACCCUGGCUCAUUGAAGUGUCCAGCUCAAAGUGGCCAUUUAAUGACGUACGUGGAUGGUGGUCCCCUUCGAUACAAGUUUUCCGAAUGCAACCAGGAGGAAAUCCGCUACGUGCUUAACAUGCGGGGAAAGACGUGUUGGAACAUCAACGCUUUGACUUUCUACUCCGUCAAGGACGUUUAUCCAGGAGCCUUACUCAGUCCCACGGACUUCUGUAGGAGAUUUUAUAAGAACAACGAUGUAUACAGUCCAAUGGGGGGAUUCGAUUCUGCAACGAAACAAUAUAAAGUGCAUUUUCCUUCAAAUUUCGGCUACGGGUUCGCCUUCACUGUUGUAUUUGAAUAUACCGGACAAUACAAAGACACAAGCUCAUUAACGCUUGCCCACCAGACCAAACCGACGGAAACAUAUCUCACGCUCGGCUUUUCCGAUGCCUAUAGUCUGGAAUACUAUCGCGACACACGGCGGCAAUAUGUCAGGCUUGAACGGAUAACGACGCCUCCGAAAGGGUUUCACGUCCUCGAAUUCCACACUGAAGCAUCUCGCCUCACGGUAACUCUCGAUGGAAACAUGCUUUUCCCAUCCUCAAGUGUUUACGCAGAGACAGACGAGAUGAGAAUCUUUUAUACAGGACCAACAGGGGGCUCAAAGUUCGUAUUUUGGGAGAGCCACUUCACUGCAAUCGAAUUCUUCGUCCAGUUUGAACCAAUUUUCGCCUUCAGACACGAGAACCUCAGCAUCGGAAACGGAGGAUAUGCCUUCAUACGAGCCAAAUGGCCACGUGAUAUCGAUAUCAAAGUCUCCAUCCGAUUGGGGAACACAUCUUUAAUGAAGACGAUUCGUUCAGUCGGAGAAACGGUUUUCUUGAUUAAGAUGUACAGCACUGGAUUCGCGAUUGGUUACGCAAACAAGAACACCGGUGCAAUCGUGGACCAAAGUUUGACGAACAUACCACUGGACGGAUUUCACGUGGAGCCGCUGCCAAAUCAAGUGAUUGAAUUCACAGUAGUUACCGGAGAUUCUCCCUAAACUACAUCUUCUGUUGAAUAACUACAGGGACGGCAAAUGGAACAUUGGAACUUCUGCAAUUUAAUUCCAUUUUUAAAUACACAACCACAACGCCAUUUUAACUCCUAAGCUGACUGUAGUUAAAAUUUAUUUCCGAAUAAAUUGCACGCGCACGUAUU